AUGUCAUCAAAGUUGUCGAACGUAUUACACAAGGAAUAUAAUGAUAUUCUUGAAUCUACAGAAUUUUAUGAUACUGAAAUCUUAGUUGGUGAAUACCCUUAUACAGAAACUUUUAAAGUACAUUCUUUGAUAUUGAAAAUCCGUUCUCCUUAUUUUCGUGCUGCACUAUCAAACUGUUGGAUAAAAAAAGAAAAUAAUAUUAUUAAGUUGAAAAAACCAAAUAUUUCAGUUAAAAUAUUUAACAUACUUAUUAAUUAUAUAUAUAGCAGUAAUAUUGACCUUUCCAUGAAUAAUAUCAAAACAAAUGUUAAACUUUUAAUUGCUGCUGAUGAACUGUGUCUUGGUGAUCUAUGCAAUUUUAUUGAGAAAUAUUUCCUUGAAAACAAAAGAUUAUUAGAACAAAAUCUGGUUUUAAUUCAGGAUAUUACAACAAAAUUUUCUCAAUUUAAAGAAUUAUCCCGAUUCUAUAAAAAGACCAUUCGAAGAGAUCCUUCGUUAAUCUUUAAAGCAAGUGAUUUCAUUAAUAUUAAAGAAGAUACUCUUCUUUAUUUACUUGAAAAAAAUGAUCAUUCUUUAAGACCAAUUGAAAUUUGGGAUAAGCUUAUGGAAUGGUGUAUUGCACAAUCAUCUGAACUAUUAUCUGACGCAUCAAAUUGGACACCUAGUGAAAUAGAAAUAAUUGGUAAUUUUCUUCAACCAUUCAUUCCAUACAUUAAUUUUGAAGAAAUUACUCCUUCAGAAUUCUAUAGAAAAAUUAAACCAUUUAAGGAUAUUUUUGAUAAUAAUUUUUAUGUUAAAAUUCUUGAAUAUUAUUCUUUUAAUUAUCAUAAGCGGAAUCAGCGGAAUCAGCGGAAUCCCUUUUCUUUAUCUUAUGAUGAUGAUGAUGAUGAUGAUGAUGAUGAUGACAUAAUGUAUUAA